AUGGGAACUCAAAAGAAGGAAAAGCAGAGAAGGAUCAGACAGAAUGAUACCAAGGAUGGUAACCUCCGUGUUAAAGGUGAAAACUUUUACCGUGAUGCCAAGAAAGUGAAAAAGCUUAGCAUGUACAAACAAGGGAGAGCCGUUCGUAAUGCAAAGGGAGACAUAAUACAGGCUGCUGAUCUUCAGAGCACAGAUGUGCCUACGGCAAGGGUUGACCCCAACAGGAAGUGGUUUGGAAACACUAGAGUCAUAGCUCAGGAUGCAUUGUCGCAUUUCAGAGAAGCCAUGGGAGACAAGAAAGACGAUUCGUACCAGGUGCUUCUAAAGAGAAACAAACUUCCCAUGUCGCUACUUGAUCAAGACAAGACCGAAAGCCCAACCGCAAAGAUUGUCGAGACUGAAUCCUUUGCAUCUACGUUUGGACCCAAGCAGCAACGUAAAAAGCCCAGAAUUGCGGCGUCGUCAUUGGAAGAUUUAAUGUCCACAGCUGAAAAGGAUUCCACUACUUACGAUGAAAAGAUUGAGCUUGACCAGACGUUGGGUUUGAUGGGAGAUUCUGUUUUGGAUAAGGAUGAUUUCACUCAGGAGGCUAAGGAGGCCAUUUUCAACAAGGGACAAAGUAAGAGAAUCUGGAAUGAGUUGUACAAAGUCAUUGACCUGAGUGAUGUUAUUUUACAAGUUUUAGAUGCUAGGAACCCAUUGGGUACCAGAUGUGAAAGAAUUGAAAAGUACAUCAAGCAGGAGUGUCCUCAUAAGCAUCUUGUAUUUGUGGUGAACAAGACCGAUUUGGUCCCUACGUGGGUAGCCGCAGCUUGGAUGAAACACUUGUCAAACUCGUACCCCACCAUUGCUUUCCAUGCGUCAAUCAAAAACAGUUUUGGUAAGGGAUCCUUGAUCCUGCUUCUUAGACAGUUUGCAACCUUGCACAAGGACAGAAAGCUGAUCAACGUAGGUGUCAUUGGAUUUCCAAAUACUGGUAAAAGCUCUAUUAUAAACACGAUUGUUGGGAAAAAGGCAUGUGUUGUUGCUCCUAUACCUGGGGCUACAAAGGUUUGGCAAUAUGUCAAGGUGACCUCGUCUAUAAAUAUUAUUGACUCACCAGGAGUUGUACCGUCGGAAUCUAAUGACUCCGAUGCCGAUCUUUUGCUACGUGGUGUGGUUAGAGUUGAAAAAGUCAAGGCUCCCGAACAGUACUUGUCAGAGAUUCUAAAGAUUGUUCCUAAAAAGUACAUUGCCAGAACCUACGGACUCAAGGAGUCAGAAUGCGGGGAAAACUUGUUGGAGACGCUCGCAGUGAAAAGCGGUCGUUUGUUGAAAGGUGGUGAGGCAGAUGAGAGUUCUGUCGCAAGGAAAAUUAUUGAAGAUUUUAUUCGUGGUAAGCUUCCUUGGUUUUUAGCACCACCGCAGGACGAAGAGGUCCGCACAGGUGAAGACAAGAAAGCUGGAUAUAAAAAGAGGAAAGCUGAGGAUUGA